AUGCCGGCCGAGCCGGGCACGCAAUUUGCGAUAUCUCACUUCCCGGCGUGGGUGUCCUUCUUUCGUUCGUCCACGAGCAUGGCCCCUUCACUGAGUCUGCGCCAGAGAGCGCUCGAGCAGUCUCUCCAGAUAGAGACGAAGGAUACCCACCACCUCACGGGCCCGUUCCGACCACAGACUCCCCUUGAUGCUCAGUUCCCGGAGUCACCAACGAUGGCUCAGAAAGGCGCGAAUGGGCACAUCCCAGCUGCGUUCGACCGCUGGUCGACCGCCUCACAAGGAUUUGGGGCUGACAUCAUGUCCAUGCGAUGGAUAGUGGUUCCAUCCUCUUCGCUGAAAAUUAUCAUCGCCUCCAUCGUGCUAUGGGCGAACUGGGAGAUACUCGCGCCUUACGUUGGCGAUCUGCCGAACCCCUUUGCGCCUCUCCUUUUUAUAUCAUAUCGUAUCCCGGACUCAUCCCCGGACGACCCUCGUUACUCCAAGGGCAUUCUUGACUUUGUAUUUGUAUCAUACUAUAUCGUGGUCUUCUCCUUCGUCCGCCAGUUUAUCACCCUCCAGGUGUCCAGACCUGUUGCGCAGUGGUUCGGGAUCAAGAGGGAGUCAAAAUUGGCUAGAUUUGGCGAGCAGGGUUACGCCCUUGUAUAUUUUGCUGUAAUGGGAGCCUGGGGUGCGCGCAUCAUGUCGCAGUCACCUAUAUGGUGGUACGACACGAAGAAUUUCUGGCUCGGCUAUCCGCACUGGGACAUGAAACCAGAACUGAAGCGGUACUACCUCAUGCAGGCAGCGUAUUGGUGCCAACAGCUCAUCGUGCUCUUGCUGAACCUGGAGAAACCACGCAAAGACUACACGGAACUGGUCGCUCACCAUUUGGUCACGCUCUGGCUAGUGGGUUGGAGCUAUGUCUGCAACAUGACGCAAAUCGGCAACGCCGUGUACCUCAGUAUGGACGUGCCCGAUACGUUCCUCGCCUUCUCCAAACUGCUGAAUUACAUCCAAUGGGAGUAUACCAAGGUCGUAACGUUCGUCGUCUUCGUCGGCGUCUGGUCGUACUUCCGGAUAUUCCUGAACAUGGUCAUGCUCUGGUCGGUGUGGACCGAGUACGAUCUGAUACCUCUAGCCUCGCAGCGGUUCUGGCCGCCCGACGGGGUGUGGAUGGUGUGGUGGAUGAAGUACCAAGUGUUUAUCCCGAUCUUCCUCUUGCUCUGCCUCAACCUCUUCUGGUACUUCCUCAUUUUGCGGAUCGCGUACCGUGUCGCGGGGCCCACGCAGGGAAUAACGGACGUGCGGUCGGACGACGAGGACGACGGGGGCGACGACGGGAAGGAUGACGGGGAGGACGACGACAAGGAUGAGUGA